AACCGCACAAUACCCGGUUACCCUCGAUACGAGAUGGUUGGAGAUGGCAUUGGUGGUGAACAUCACUUAAGAAUCCACAACACCUCCUUGGCUGACGAUGCUGACUAUCAGUGCCAAGUUGGACCUGCUGACGGCCAUCCGGCCAUUAGGGGCACUGGGCAUCUCACUGUACUCUUGGCGCCCUCGUCCGUGGAACUGGUUGGGCGACGACCUGACGACAUCCUGGAGGUGAGCGAGGGAGAGGAGGUCACCCUCGAGUGUAAGGUGGAGGACGCCAAGCCCGUCGCCGAGGUCAAGUGGUACAAGAACGACCAGGAGAUACACUUAGACACGCGUAUUGACAUCACAGAAGACUCAACGAAAAGACGACGUCACAACCUCAUCUCCCGGAUGUCACUGCGUCUCACGCCCGCGGACGACGGCUCCCACUACUCCUGCCACGCCCACCACCCCGCCCUCAACACGCCCAUCAAGGCGUCUGUCAAAGUCUCCGUGCUGUAUCCUCCAGGGGCGCCCGUGAUCAUAGGGUACACCGCAGGGGAAGCCAUACGGGCAGGGGAGGAACGCACCCUGAGCUGUCGUUCCCGGGGCGGCAACCCACCCGGCCGCGUCGUCUGGUACCGCAACAGCGCCAUGAUCGACAGCACCUACGCCCCUAAGGGAGGCGAGAGCGUCAAUGAUUACAAGUUCAUCGUGGACUCGGCCGACAACGGCGCCGUCUACACGUGCGACGUCGGGAACAAUUUGACGGAGAAGCCGCUGUUGGCCUCCGUCAAGCUGGACGUCCAGUUUCCACCGGACAAGGUGAUGGUAUCUGGCCCUGAGGAGUCUCGAGUAGGUGAAAACGUCACCCUCACCUGCUCCGUGGAGAACAGCAACCCUCCAGCCGAGGUCUCCUGGGUGGUGGAUAGUCAGCCCAAGCCGGAGACUUCAACGCGCCAGGAGCGAGCCAGUCCCGGAGGCUGGCACACUAUCAGCAAACUAGCCAUCACCGUCCCGCCUGUGGAUAGAGACAUGAUGUUUACCUGCCACGCCACUAACCAGGCACUCGGGGAGACCAAGGUCGACACCUUUAUGCUCUCUGUUCUCCGACCUCCGCAGCCUCCGAUCCUCCACGGCUACAGCGAAGGCGCCGGGAUCCGCGUCGGGAGUCAGCAGCGGAUCACGUGCGUGUCGAGGGGCGGCAACCCGGCCGCGCACCUCCAGUGGUACCGGAACGGACAGAAGAUCCCCUCGCAGAAACACAGUAUUGACGACGUCAGCUCGGCCGAGAUCGAGAUCGUGGCCGAGCCCCAGGACAACGGGGCCCAGUACCGGUGCGAGGCCCACAACGCCGCCGCCUCCUCCCCCGUCAGCGUCUCAACCACCCUCGUUGUCCACUUUCCACCCGAAACUGUCAAGAUCUCAGGCAGCCCAUCACGGCUGCGUGCGGGCAACCAGGCAACGCUGAGGUGCGAGGCUGGCUCUUCCAACCCUCCAGCCGUCAUCACUUGGCUCCGGGAGGGAUACCAGAUGUCAGGGCGCGUCCAGGAGACAUCCCUCACGCCCAACGGAGGUACACGUGUGGUGAACGUGCUGACGCUGAACUUGACGGCUGCUGACGACGGCCUGACGUACACCUGCCAAGCCGCCAACACGGCCCUCGAGAAGAACGUACGCCAGUCUAUCACUCUACGCGUCAACUACGCUCCGACAUUCCUGUCGGCCCCUCCAGACGUAGUGGACGUGGUAGUCGGAGAGUCUGAAGUGUUGAACCUGACGGCCCGGGCCAACCCGGGUCCCGUGCUGUACUCCUGGACCCGCCACGGCCUCCCUCUACCCGACCCGGUCAUCGACGAGUCUUGGAGACAAACUUACGUCCUGGAUCCGGUAACGGUGGGCGGGUCGUACGUCGCGGCGGACGGGCCACUCCUCUACAUCAGGGGUGUGACUGUGGACGACGCAGGCGACUACGAACUGGAAGCCACGAACGAAGAGGGCGCCACCGUCGCUAAGAUCUACCUCAAUGUCCAAUACCCGCCCGCCAUCAAAUACACAUCGGAGGUGGUGACGGUGUCGGAGGGGCAGGACGCGCGUUUGGAGUGUGCUGCCGACGGGAACCCCCUGGCCGAGGACAUGAUGCAGUGGUCCAGACAAGAUUACAGCUUCUCCCGCACCGAGCAGACCUUCGGAGGCAAGAAGGCGUCGCUGAAGGUGCUGCGAGCGAACAGGAACGACACAGGAGUGUAUUCGUGCGUUGUCAACAACGGCAUUGGCAAGGUGGCAACGGCCAAUGUUACCCUUGUGGUCAAGACCCGCCCGCAGGUGGCACACUCGCAGCUGUUGAAUCGAGCCGCGGCAGAAAAGGGAAGAAUGGGUCGCUUGCAAUGUCAAGCAGAGGGCGCCCCUGAGGUAAGCUUCUCCUGGAAGAGAGACGGACAUCUUCUCUCCAACGGCAUGAACCCCGACAAAUACGACAAUGAAACUACCAAGACUGGACUCGUCUCCUGGGCUUCCACCUUCUACAUCAAGCACGUCAACGACCCGGACUACGGCAAUUACGAGUGUGUGGCCGAGAACGAGCUUGGAGCCUCGACCGUCACUGUGCAUUUUAUGCCGCCUACUCGGCCGGAUCCUCCGCUAGCUCUCAAGGUAUUGAACACGACUCACGAUUCUGCCACCCUGGCCUGGAUCCCAGGCUUCGACGGCGGCAAGCCUCAGUACUUCCGCCUGCGGUACCGCAGCAAGUCCUCUAGCUCAUACCAGUACCUGGACGUGUACGAGUUCGGGGUGUACGCAUACACGGUGACGGGCCUCAACCUGGGCACCGAGUACUACUUCUCCAUCAUGAGCUACAACGACGAGGGAGAGAGCGAGUACCGCGGAGAGUUUGUGCGGGCGACGACACGCAGCCAAGUUCUUCUAGGUGACCACGAGUUGCUGUUGAACCAAGUGCUUGGUGGACGCGGUGACCUGCCCAAGCUGAUCAUCAUAGUGGUGGCCAUUGUAGGCGCCAUGAUUGUCAUCCUCAACAUUGCUCUUGUAAUAUGCCUUAUACGCAGAAAGAGAGGCAAGAUUCGGGAAGACGAAGGAAGCGACCAGGCAAGCAGCAAGAGCACGACCAACACUAUGUAUGCCCCAUCGUCUUACAACGACACCGUGGUGGGGGAGACUCUCUCUUCCAUCUCGGAGAAGAGCCGGGAAUCUUACGCCCAGGAAGACUCCGUAGUCGACUACGAGGCAAGUACACACACACGCUUCUUCUUGGGUAGUUUUCUUGAAGAACCUCUGACCGUCUUCUCCUCCUCCUGCAGAAUACGUGGCCAUACAGAGCCCCAGAGGGUCACUUACCUCCGUGUCAUGUACACUCAGGUCACUUUGUCCCUGGUCAUGGCUUUCUCUGCCACCAGUACAACCUUCUCUAUGGCUGUGUAA